CGUUCUGUUGCGUGUCUUCUGCUGGCACUGCUCAGUGGUUUAUGAAGAACGCGGCAGACAGAAUAAAGAAGUCUGCACAGCCGGAGGAGUCUCUAAGGAUGUGCUCGUAAUGCGCGUUCUCCAGGAUUUUAUACUUGUGAAACUUGCGUGUGCGUGUACGUUAAUACUGGAAUGGUAAAGAGAACACCAGUCUCAUAACGGCAUGUUUCCUGAAAUUAAUACCAAGUCUACAAGACCCGAUGCCUUCCCCCACCCUCAGAGGUUUCCCACCGAUGGGACGCGCCUCGGAUCCAGUCGGCCCUACCAGCAGAAGUUUGGCUCGGGUGUGGGCACCCUGCCCCAGCUGGAAGCCCCAGUCAAGCAGGUGGUGGUCAGCAAUGCCAAGGUCCAGCAGCAAUCAGACAGCAUCUUACCCCACAUCACCAACAAGGGAUUGCAGAACAACCACCAGACGCAGCAGGAGGAGAGGCCAAGAGUCUCCCAGUUCCCCACGCGGUUCAGCACCUCGGUGGAGAACCUGUCCGAAUCCAUCUCCACGAAGGGCCUCUCUAACAAGCUGGAGAAGGAGAGGUCCUUCGAGGGUCUGCGGCUGCCCAUGUCACCCACAGAGGCCCUGCAACACUUCCAGGAACGCCUGACGGAGUUCGAGCAGGAGGAGAUCAUGGAUUACUCCGAAAUCUGGUUCCUGGGCCUGGACACCAAGAAGAUUGAGGGCUCCCAGGGGACGCCCCAAAACUCUGGCUACGACGACGAGCACGGCAGCUACAUCAAGGUUCUGCACGACCACAUUGGCUACCGCUUUGAAGUGCUGGAGGUGAUUGGCAAAGGAUCCUUUGGUCAAGUCCUGAAAUGUCUGGAUCACAAGAACAAUGAGCUGGUGGCAAUAAAGGUCAUUCGCAACAAGAAGAGGUUCCACCAUCAGGCCCUGGUGGAGCUGAAGAUCUUGGAUGCGGUGAGGAGGAAGGACAAGGACAACUCCCACAACGUCAUCCACAUGAAGGAGUACUUCUACUUCCGAAACCACCUGUGCAUCUCCUUCGAGCUGCUGGGGGUCAACCUGUACGAGCUGAUCAAGAAGAACAACUUCCAGGGCUUCAGCUUGGCCCUCAUCCGCCGCUUCGCCCACUCGCUGCUCAAGUGCUUGCAGAUGCUGCACCGGGAGAAGAUCAUCCACUGUGACCUCAAGCCGGAAAACAUCCUUUUGUCACAAAAGGGACAGGGGAACAUCAAGGUGGUUGACUUUGGGUCCAGCUGCUACGAGCAGCAGAGAGUGUACACCUACAUCCAGAGCCGCUUCUACCGCUCCCCGGAGGUGAUCCUGGGCCACCCCUACAGCAUGGCCAUCGACAUGUGGAGCCUGGGCUGCAUCCUGGCCGAGCUGUACACCGGGUACCCCCUCUUUCCCGGGGAGAGCGAGGUGGAGCAGAUGGCCUGCAUCAUGGAGGUGCUGGGAAUGCCCCCGAAUGAUUUUGUCCAGACGGCGUCCAGAAAGAGGCUGUUUUUUGACUCCAAGGGCAACCCUCGGAACAUCACGAACAGCAAGGGGAGAAAAAGACGGCCCAACUCCAAAGACCUGGCCAGCGUGCUGAAGACCAGCGACCCUCUGUUUCUGGAUUUCCUGAAAGGCUGUCUCAUGUGGGACCCCGCAAAGCGCAUGACCCCGGACGAGGGCAUGCAGCAUGAGUGGAUCCAGGACUCCCGGGCCCACAAGACCCGCCCCAAGACCAGGCCCGUGAAGAAGCCUGGGGAGAACCCAAGUGCCACGGACAACAACACCGAGCACGCUUUCCGCAAAGCUGGCAAUAACAGGACAGCCGAGAAGGCCACGUCUGAGGGCCUCGACAAGCUCAAGAGGGAGAACUCCGCCAACAAGGGCGGCAAGAUGGUGACGGCGGAGCGCCUGCGGCCAAUCGGAGCGUCGGCGGAGGAGGAGGUGUGCGAGGGCGGGGCCAGGGACGCCAAGGGGGCCGAUGGCAAGCGGGACUCCGAGGGCGAGAGGCCCGUCCACAUCAUCAUCAAGCCCCAGCUGGAGCAAGGGGGAGACUCUGAGUGCCAGGAGCAGGCUCAGUGCCUGCCCCCUAUCACAUAACCGCCCGGGUAGGGAUCUGUGGCGGGGGCAGUUUGGAUUUAUGCCAUCGUCUGUCACAGAU